ACCAAGACCUGCCACAACUUCACUGAAAACAGAUGAGGAGCAAACGUCUUUCAGAUGUCUUUUGACUUCGAGUAGCACACAGUUCAGCCUCUGUUGCAGAAAACAAACCUAUGAGGCAAAACUAUUACGGCCUUAAAACAGCUUUUGGAGCGGCACUGUGAAGUAUGUCUGCUGGACACAGAGAGGCUCUGCGAGACACUACAUGUCAAAGUGGAACUGUUGUUUUUUUCUCUAACCCUUUGAUGGGUGAUUUUGAAUCAGACUGGUCCCCAAUUCACGACGCUGCCUUUAAUGGACGUGUCCUCGCCCUGCAGGGACUCAUUGCUCAGGGUACGUGUGUCAAUCUGAACACUCUGAACCAGGUUUCUCCGCUCCAUGGAGCGUGCUUACAAGGCCACACGGCUUGUGCCAAGCUUCUGGUGGAAAAUGGGGCAAAUGUAAAUGGUUCAACAGUGGAUGGACAAACUCCCCUGUCAGAAGCUUGCGCCCGGGGUCAUGCGACCUGCGUAACGCUGCUCCUUCAACAUGGAGCGACUCCUCUGGGGACCAGCCAGAUCAGCUCUCCAAUGCACAGGGCUGCAGCCAAAGGUCAUCUGGAGUGCAUCGAGCCUCUUGUUCAGCACGGUGCAGAUGUGGAUCAGUAUAUCGACCAAUCAGGGUCCCCUCUCCACGUCGCCUGCUCCAAUCAGCAUCUGAGUUCUGUGAGGAAACUGCUUCAACUCGGUGCCAGCGUGAACAGCAGUGUGUCUGGUGACUCGCCGCUGCACAUCGCUGCCCGCCUGUCCAGCCCUGAGAUGGUGUCAGUCCUGCUCGACCACGGGGCCGAUCACUCCCUCAGGAACUCGGAGGGCAAACAGCCACUGGACCUCGCACCUCCCAACAGCCUGGUGGAGAGGCUGUUGGGACAGGCCGGAGGAGCCUCUCCUCUAAUGCAGCUGUGCCGGCUGUACAUCAGGAAAACUGUGGGAAAGCAGAGGCUGGGUGGAAUUCACGACCUUCACCUUCCCAUAGAAGUGAAACAGUACCUUCUCUACAAAUCAGACCCAGGGGGAGAUAUCUGAUGCACUGAAUAACUCAGCCUUUCGAUAUCAGAAUUUAAGCUUUUUACUUCUAGGUCAGUAGGGGGUGCAGUUGCAUAAUCUUGCAGCGAGAAGACGACAUCACGGCUCAUGGUUUUGGUUGUAAUUAACUCUAAUUCUCCAGCGUGACAGACUUCUGUAAACAAACUGAUUCUCAAGAUCAAUCUGGACUUUUAUGUGAAAACUUGGAGCAAGUUUUUAUCAUUAAGUAUUCAUAAACAUAAAAAAUACAUGCAUAUUUAAAAUGAGAAUAUGGGCUCAUAAAUUCUUUUAAAUGUUGCAUUAUUAAUGUUAAAUAAAGGUUUAACGUACUGAAACAAUAUUAUUUAGAUUGCACAAGCCUCCACAUUCAGCUAAUAUUGUACUUUUUGUUUUUGGAAACUGAAGUUUCCGUUUUUGUUGCUGCUGUAUUGAUUUUGUUUUCCUUUAGACCGACAGUAGAUUCAAUUGUUACUCUCUUAUGAAAUCUGGUUCAUGUCAGGUAAAUGUUUUCCCUCGCAGAGUCCCUGGAAAUGGUUUAGUGUAUUUGGUCCUUGCAGGGUAUGUAAUAACAUUUUAAGAGCAAAAACGUUUACUGAUAACUUCAAGGAUGGUCACGCUCCUCUGAGAAAUUAGUCUACAAAGCCAAUAACUAUGAGUCAGCAUCAAAUGCACACAAACUACCAGAGGUUUAAAACACUAAAAACUAUUCUAUUGUAUUUUUGUUUUUUGUUCACUAUGUGUAACAUGGCUAUUUAAGACACUGCAAAAUGUGCCUUCAGAUUAUGUUUAAAAAAAAAAAAAUGGAUCUGCAUAUGAAGAAACAUGCGUUUUUCACUCUCUGUCAAAACAAAGGAUCUAAUGUAAGAGGUUGGUGGUUGUGCACAGGAAGUGUUGACAUGUACACAUUAUUCUGUGAAAUAUCUGCCGUUUCCCCAGAGUCUAAAGAGUAUGUAUUAAAAUAAAAGACAAGCAUGAAGCAACAAUAAACUACAUGAACACUGAAUGUAUACAGAAAAA